AUGCUAGUGGACUGUGGGGCCGGUCUGAACUUGAUCUCGCCCCAAGUGAUUAAGAGGUUGCAAAUCCCCAAGGGAGAUCUCGAGGAGACAGGCACAUUUCAAGGGUUCAAUCCGGGGAGAAGCCAGCCCAAGGGUAAGAUCACACUACCAGUUACAUUUGGUGGUGAGCCAAACUACAGGACAGAGAAGAUCAUUUUUUAUGUAGCCAAGAUCCCGUUGCCAUAUAACGGGAUCCUUGGCCGUCCAACACUGGCCAAGUUUAUGGCAGCAUCACACUACGCCUACAAUACACUGAAGAUGCCCGACCCUAUGAGCAUCAUCGCUGUAGGCUCUGACAAGAAAGAUGCGCUCAUCUGUGCCGACUAG